AUGCUCAACGGCGCCGCCGGCGGCUACUCGUCCAGCCCGGAACCCGCCCCGGCCCUGUUCGUGCGGGCCAUGUACGACUACGACGCAGACGACCAUACCAGUCUGAGCUUCCGUCGCGGGGAUGUGAUUCAGGUUCUCAACCAGCUCGAGACCGGAUGGUGGGAUGGCGUCAUCGAUAACGUGCGCGGCUGGUUCCCCAGUAACUACUGUGUCGUUGUCACCGAUCUGGAUGAACUAGGUGAUCAGCUCAACCACUGUCGCAUCGAGGCCGACAUGAGCGCCGAGUCGGGCGUCGACUCCGAGGGUGAGGAGGACCAUGAUACCGACGUUGACUCCGAAGGAAACCCUCGUUACUCGCAACCUUUACUCCCGAUCGAAGGCCCCGUCAGUCGUGGGAGCAGUGGCAGUGGCAGCGGCCGCGGUAGCGGUAGCGGCGUCGGCAUGAAUACUGGAAAGGAACAGGAAGAGGCUGCGUUUUGGAUCCCCCAGGCGACACCGGACGGUCGCCUCUUCUACUUCAACACCCUGACCGGGUACAGUACCAUGGAACUACCCUUUGAGAACCCAACGUCGACGAACGAGACGGGCCCGCGGGAUCGCACGAAUUUCUUUGUACCGGAUCAGACGCGUCCCCCACCGGAGAUGAUGGCGCGAGGGUUUGAGCGCGACGAGGAUGAAUACGACGGCUCCGCAUCCGAAGCCGAGGGGGAGUCCAUCACCCUCGCCUCCCACGACUCCAUGUCCCGUCGCCGCCAGUCCUUCAUCGACGGCGUCUCUCCCGCCACCUCCAUGGAUUCCCUGCAUCCGCCCUCGGCGACCACCAAGUCCAUCAAUGAGGCCAAGGGCCUACCACCGGCCCCAGGGUCCAAAUCCCUUCUUUUCACCCACCAGGGCGCCUAUAGCCAUCACAUGGCGGCCUCCAGCACGACAUCCGUCCCCGACCAUCUGCAGCACCAGUCGCCCGCCGCCUCCUCCUCCUCCCUCGCCCUGGCGGCGGUCCCACAGCAUUUUGUGGAUGACGACAUCACCCCGGCCAUCACCUGGCCGAUCCUCGUGAAUAACAUGCGCCAUGCGGUCGAGGCCUAUCGUCAGGCCUUGCUGAACGGCGACCGUUCCGAGUACGUGCGACGGGCGGAGGACAUCUCCGACCAUCUUCGCAUGCUCCUCGCCGCCGGCUCCGACACCACAGACAACCAUUCGGGCAACCCUUCCAUCAUCUCCACCAACAAGACCCUCUACCCGCACUUCCGGGACAUGAUGUCCAAGUUCUCCAAACUCGUUCUGUCGUCGCACAUCGCCGCAGCCGACUGGCCGGGCCCAGACUCCAUCAACAAAUGUCUGCAGGAGGCCGAUGGGGUCAUGCACGGCGUUUAUGGCUACGUGGAUGUCGCCCGCCACCAGCGCGGGGAGACCAUCUGCCGCGUCACUCCAGGCUUCGUGGUCGGCGGCUCAUCGGGCGGGAACUGGCAGAACAAUGGCAUCUUGUUGAACGAGUCCGGCCCAACCUCCUUCCUCGACCAGGAUGGUGGUGGUGGUGGUAGGGAGCUGCGGUCCGAACCCUCGGUAGCCUUGGAUUCCGCGCUCUUGGAUCAGAUCGACAUUCUUCGGCGAUCCUUCGUCGGCAGCAUCCGUCGCCUGGAGGAGAGCCUGGCACUCCGGCAGAAGAUCGUGACCAUUGCCGAACAUGGCGAGAUCGGGGACAAGGUGGCUGCCGCGGCCAUCAAGGUGGUCGAUCAGUUUCGUCCGUGGAUUGCCGCGGUGGAGUCGAUCAACCUUGCUCCUCUAGGGACCAGCUUUCAGAACCCUCAGCUUGUGGACUUUAGCCUGCAAAAGCAGCGGGUGUACGAUGGGAUCGCAGACUUUGUUUUGAGCUGCCAGGCCGUCUCGGCGCCCCUCGGGGACGAGUGGGCCGAGCUUCGUGGUGAUUCCCUUGAGGACCGCUUGAAGAGUGUGCGCGGUAUCGCCAGGCAGCUCGAAAACUUUGUCUCCCAGAUCGGUUUCUCCCUCUCCUUGCUCCUCGAGCAGGUACCAGAGCAGUCGUCGGUCUUCCGGAGUGAGAGUCGGCUGGAUAACAACAACAACAACAACAGCAGCAGCAGCGGCAGCGGCAGCGGCAGCGGCAGCAACAGCAACAUCAACAACAUCGCCGAGAUUGAGUCCUACGAAAAGGUCAUGCAUUCCCGAUCCCAAUCCCAGAAUCGCCUUGGGACCGAGACGAUCGGGAUCCCGUCGUCCUAUGCCGUGGGGCCCAACCCGGACAAGAUGCGACGCAACAUGGACAAGGCGCAGCGGUUCUUUGGCCAGGCACCGCCCGCAGCCAUCACCCGAGAACCCAUCCGGGAACCCGUCCGGGAGCCGGAGGAGACCCCGUGGUUCUUGAAGAUGGACCACGAGGGUGAGGUGUUCUACGACACCAAGAGUGACGUGCCGACCCUGAAAUGCGGCACCUUGGCCGGACUGGUCGAGCAGUUGACCCGUCACGACAAGCUGGAUGCCUCCUUCAACAACACCUUCCUGCUCACCUAUCGUUCCUUCACCUCCGCCCCGGAACUGUUUGAGAUGCUGGUGCAGCGGUUCAACGUCCAGCCGCCCUUUGGGCUGAACAAGGACGAGAUGCAGAUGUGGAUCGACCGCAAGCAGAAGCCGAUCCGGUUCCGUGUGGUCAAUAUCCUGAAGAGCUGGUUCGAGCACUUCUGGAUGGAGCCCAACGAUGAAGCGAACAUGGAGCUGCUGGGCCGCGUGCAUGCCUUCACCAAGGACUCCAUCGCCACCACCAAGACCCCCGGCUCCCCGCAGCUCCUCGCGGUCGUCGAACAGCGCCUGCGAUGCCAGGACACCACGGCCAAACGGCUGGUCCCCACCCAGGCCACCGCCGCCCCGCCCCCGAUCACCCCCAAGAACAUGAAGAAGUUGAAGUUCCUGGACAUCGACCCGACGGAGUUUGCCCGCCAGCUCACCAUCAUCGAAUCGCGGCUCUACUCCAAGAUCCGUCCCACCGAGUGUCUGAACAAGACCUGGCAGAGGAAGGUUGGGCCGGACGAGCCGGAACCGGCCGCCAACGUCAAGGCCCUCAUCCUCCAUUCCAAUCAGUUGACCAACUGGGUCGCUGAGAUGAUCCUCACUCAGUCGGAUCUCAAGAAGCGCGUGGUGCGCCUCGAGGCCCUCAAGGAGCAACGUGCUUCCACCCUUGAACUGAUCGAGAGGCACCGCAGUCUACUGGCUGACCGUGAGGCGUUGAACGCCUCUAGCCAAGAUGCGUCACGCCUCAUGGCUCGGGGUAACAAGGGGGAGAGGCGCGAUCCUGGCAAGCUGUUGCGAGAGGAGAAGAUGAGAAAGCGCAUUGCAAAGGAGCUGCCUAAGCUCGAAGUCGAACUAAGAAAGGAACUGGAACACUGGGAGGACGAGUACGGGCGGCCUUUCCUCGUUCACGGCGAGAGAUACCUAGACGAUUUGACACCCGUGGCCAGGCCUCCGCCACGUUCAAAGACCCCCUCGGGGCUUGUCUCUGUCUCGAGAGCAAAUUCUAUCAAGCAGACCCAGCCUGCUCGGCCGGCCAGUGUCAUGCGAGGCCCUCCUCCCCCACGCUCAGCCACCAAGACACCUACCGGCUCUCUCAGACGCAAUCUUCCCAACGGACUUCCGGCUGGCGGCGCCAAAUCGCCCUCGAAGAUCCCUGCUCGCGUCCCCCUCGCAAACAUGCCCCAGGGUAGUAAUAACCCUGAGCGUCGAGUGCCUGCGGGGCCUACUUAUUCGUCAAACUCCUUGACCAGCAAAAUGCCUCCGCCCCGUGCACCGCCACCGCGAAUGAGAGCCUUGACGACGGAUGCCAAAGAUGAGCGGAAUAGUCACUUAAUGGACCCACCCCGCUGCGCCAGUGCCAUGUCUAAUGGACUGGUCCGACCUGUCAGCCCGGAAGAUGUCUACGAUGACCGUAGCCAGCGUUCCUACUUGAGUAGUUCCAUCUUCUCGCAGCGCUCGACAGGGUUUUCUCAGUCCUCGCAAUCGAUCAGCUCUGUCAGCUCCCUCCAGUCUUCUCUGCAAGGAUACCCCAAGCCAAAUCCUUAUAUUCAGCAUGUCCCACCGCCACCACCAGCAGUGAGGCAGAUCUCCAACUCCUCCUCGGUCCCCACGGUGACAUCUGGCUCGGAGAAUUGGGAGACGUUUGAUGAUGCGUCUGACUCGGAGGCUGACGCGAGAGAUGUCUAUUACGCCAAGCUUCGCGCUUCUCACAGCAACAUCAAAAGAAUUGCUCCUGACGACUGCCAAAAUCUCUCGUUAGCAGGAAAGAAGGCCAAGGGUAUCAGAAGUGUCAGCCCUGACGACCAGACCCCUCAACAUCAUGGCCAAGUGCUCCGAGUGGAAGGCAGCGAUAACGAGUGGACGGAUGAUAUGGAGCCCUACUAA